CAACCAUACACUUUCCUUUCCCUUCUCUCUCUCUCUCUAGCUGACUCAUCAUCUCCUUUUGAUUCUUUGCUUUCUUCACCAACUUACCAUUAAAAUAUCUUUACCUUUCACUUUCUCUGCAACUUUCUCAUCACUCCACACUCCAAAAUCACACACAAACUCUAACCAUUUCAAACCUUCUUCUACCUUUAUCACACACACACACACAACAAUUUAACCAAAAAAAAACAACUACUUCCAAAUUUACCUCUAAAUGCUUCCACCAAAAGAAACUAACCCUUUUUCUUUCUAGGGUUUUGCGCUCAACUUCAAAUUUUCAAACCAACUCAACUUUCUAUUUCCGGAACAAAAAAAGUUUCUUUAUCAUCUUUUCUUUCAACUCCGUCUCUCAAAAUCUGAAAUUUUGAAUUGGGUAUCCGCCAUUGAUCUCUGAAAACAGUCUGAGAACAAGAUUCUAGAAUCUAGGGUUUGGUUUGCAAUGUCGGGUCCACCGAGAGUUCGAUCCAUGAAUGUGACAGUUGGAGAUUCUGAUUCCCGGCCUGUACUUGUCCCUGCCGGGAACAAGGUUUGCACUGUCAAGAAAGUGAAGAAACCGGCGUCGGAAACGGAGAAGAAGUCCUCCGAGGAGGCGGUUAUGAAUUCGCAAUGUGCGUUGGUUACUCCGGUGGUUUCGAAGCGGCGGGAGAGUCAUCGAUUGGUAGGGAUGAAAAGUGUGUCGAUGAAUGCUUCGUGCUCGUCGGAUGCUUCGUCGACGGGUUCUUCAACUUAUAGUAGUGGUAUGUCGUCGAGCGGGAAAGUGGCGAGCCGAGGAAGGAAGAAGCAGGUUGGUUUGAAGGUUGAGAAGGUGAGCAUUGAUGCUGUGGCUGGUCCUGUUGAGGUGGAUUCGAGUGUUGGCUUGGAGGGCAAGAAAAGGUGUGCUUGGGUUACACCAAAUUCAGAACCAUGUUAUAUUGCUUUUCACGACGAAGAGUGGGGAGUUCCGGUUCAUGAUGACAAGAAACUGUUUGAGUUGCUCAGCUUCUCUGGAGCCUUGGCGGAACUCUCGUGGCCUACCAUUCUUGGAAAAAGGCAGUUAUUUCGGGAAGUAUUUUUGGAUUUUGAUCCAUGUGCGGUUUCAAAAAUGAAUGAGAAAAAGACAGUUGCACCGGGAAGUCCUGCCAGCUCACUGCUGUCAGAGCUCAGGCUACGAUCCAUAAUUGAAAAUGCACGUCAGAUGUGUAAGGUAAUAGAAGAGUUUGGGUCCUUUGACAACUACAUUUGGAACUUUGUGAACAAUAAGUCUAUAGUCAAUCAAUUCCGUUACCCUCGCCAAGUACCUGCCAAAUCUCCGAAAGCAGAAUUCGUAAGUAAAGACCUCGUAAAGAGAGGGUUUAGGAGCGUGGGACCGACCGUCAUCUACACUUUCAUGCAAGUGGCUGGUCUAACAAAUGACCACCUUAUCAGUUGCUUCAGAUUCAAGGAAUGUAUCUUCUCCAAAGCAGAGGCCGAAGACAAAGAAAGCAGCUCCCUCAACUCUAAGGUCAAAGAGAAAGCAAACGAGGAUCCCACCAAUGUCGGUCUGAUGCUAGCUGUGAACAAGUUGAGUUUCUCCUCUUAGGAAGUGGAUUCUCUGCAGUCAAUGUUGACUAUAGUCAGUGAUCUCAGUCAGUCAUUGCUCAAGAUUGUCGGUAGAGUCAUGAUGUCGACCGCCUGAUCUCUAUCCAACGGUUUAGAUCUAUUGACUUCAGUGAGCGAAGGAAAUUUCGACCGCAGGCACUUAGAGUCCUUCCAUUUAGUAGCAAAAUGGCUAUGUUGUUAAUCUGGUAGUUGUUAGGGAAAUUGAGUAGAUUGUGUUGUGUACAAAUUCCAUACAGAUAUGAAUGAAUGAAACAUCUAGAAUUGUAUUUGAAAUGCAAAUUAGCUUUUGGUAUUUCUUCAUGUUAUUGUGUAUCAAAACAACAUGAAGAAUUACUUAACAUUUUCAUGAAACCAA